AUGGUCGACUCAAAGGUCGAAGAUCGCGCUGUAAAAUUAUCCCGUGAAGCUGUUGAGUUGAUCGAUGCUGGUCACAAGGAGGCCGCAUUGAGAAACCUACGUGAAGCCCUUUCCCUUGCACCAGAGAACCAUGAAGUAAAAGCGGCUUUCCUCAAGAUACGCGGGGAGGAGGAGAGUGGCCACCCCCUGUUGGAUCUAUGUCGACAAUAUGUGACUGGAAAGAAUGAGAAUGCCGGAAAAGAUGCUGCACGGUAUUUGCACGCGGACGGGACGCAUCUCCCCGGAGACGUCUCUCUCGAAUGUUUCAAACUUAUCCUGGCCACGGAUGCCGGCUCACUUUCUGCCACUCAAGACGAAAUUAUUUCCGGCUUAGUUCGACAGACUGUUAGCGUUCGGCGGUUUUUCUCCUCGCGACUCCAGGUCUCAGUGACGACUUUCUUUGACGAAAUCUAUGACCGGGGCGAUAAUGCCGUGGUAUGUUUAGAUACCGUGGUGCUCGAUCCGACUCUAUGGCCCUCGGAAGAUGUUCGCUCGCACUGUGAAAGUGAGCUUUUUCAACUAUUCAUUGCGAAGUUGAUGGAAUCCGGUCACGAUCAGGAUGGUCGGUCUUUGAAGGGAAUUACCAGGCUGCUGGCCGUCAACGCGGAGAAGUUGCAACAUCUGAUAGAUGAUGACAGCUUCGAUGUCAUCUUAUCAUCACUAGACUACAGGCUGCCCCUCGAUGUAAGAGGCCAAGCUACUGUGGCAACUGCAAAAUACCUGGAAGUCUCCAAGGAGGUCGGACAGAAGCGCUUCUCUGACUUGAUCACAGCAAAAGUUGCAAAAGCUCGAAACGAAGAUUUGAUUGUCGCAUUUUCUGCGGCAGCCGCUGUGUUCCCGGUUGUUCCAGCGCUUACUUCGUCUCUUUUCUUGACUGAGGGUUUCCUACCGUCCAUCGUACCACUUCUACACCGCGAAGCAAAGUCGCCAAAGGUUGAAUUGGCUCUUCUGGAGCUCUUCAACGCUGCAUGUAUGGAUAAAUUGUGCCGUGAAGCAAUAAGCAAGAACUGCGGUGAAUGGCUUUCUCAUAUCCUUUCCAAUGGCAGCGAUGCAAGCUCAGAAUUGGCUGCCGUAGUGCUAGCAAAAGUGAGGACGUCCGAAAAGCGGGGCGGCACAGGAUCGGCCGACAAGAUUCACGAUGACAAUGAUCACAGUGUUCAAGAUCUAGUCAAUCGUUUCAAGGGGCAAAUGUCAGACCACAAAGUCUCCAACGUCCACAAUCCUAUCGAGGGUUUGGCAUUCUCGUCGGUGAAACCUGAUGUCAAAGAGCAGCUAGCUUAUGAUCCCGUCUUUUUGAAAGGCCUCUUUGACGUCCUUGGUGCGAACUUGGAGGACACAACUCUGUUAUAUGGAGGACUUAUGAUUAUUGCCAACAUCACGCGAUACCUACCCAAUCUGUCAGAGGAACAAAAGAAGAUUUCAGAGUUGAAAGCAUACGCCGAAGCUAACAAGGCCCCCUCUACGCCUAACGAGCUCGAGGAUGAUCAGCACGUGACGAAACGUUGCACGGCACUCAUUGACGCCAACAUUAUGCCUCUCCUUGCAGACUGCGGCAGGUCGAGUCUGAAAUCGAUCCACGAUCUCACCAGCAAGAUCCUUCUGUCCUUGUCAAAGAACUCCAAAACCAGAGGCAAACUGGCUCAACAAGGCGCAGUCAAGCUUCUGCUUUCCAUUCUAGGCCCUAAGACCGGUAGCCCUGUUCCCACAUUCAACGAAACCACACACAAUGCAUCACUUGCGCUGGCUCGCAUUUUGAUAUCAGUUAACCCGUCUCAUGUCUUCCCUUAUUCCGGCUUCCCGCAAAUCACAUCGGCCAUCCGGCCCUUGGUUGCACUUCUCAAGCCACCCGAAGUUUCAUUCUCCGCAGAACAACCACGGGAUCUUCUUCCAGUAUUUGAGUCUCUGUUAGCUCUGACCAAUUUGGCUUCUUCUCCGGACAGUACAGCAUCCGAUACCAUUGUGCGACAAGCAUGGGAUACACUGGAAGAUCUGCUAUUGUCUAACAAUACGUUCAUUCAACGGGCAGCAUGUGAGCUCGUUUGCAAUCUUAUGACGUGUGAAUCUGGUAUCGUCAAGUUCGCCGAUGGAUCGAAACGUGCGGGCCAGCGUCUACACGUGCUUCUUGCUUUGACAGACGUUGACGAUGUCGCGACACGGCGUGCGGCUGGAGGGGCCUUGGCAAUGCUGACCGAAUAUGAUGCGGCAAUCUCUGCUGUGUUGGAGCGACCGCGGGGCGUCAAUCUGUUACUCGGUCUAUGCCAGGAGAACAAUGAUGACCUUGUUCAUCGGGGAGUAGUAUCUGUUCGCAACUUGACAUGCAUUCCAUCCGGUGACAUCGGCAAGCGUGCUUUGGAUGCUGUCAAACAAGGGAAUGGUGUCGACAUCCUCAAGGGUUGCUUGAAGCGUACUUCGAAUCCAGCUAUCCUGCAGGCUGGCGUUGAGGCAUUGAAGCCGUUAGUUGAACAAGGUCAGACUUAG